AUGACCCAGAUGCUGUUGCUCAUCUUUAUCAUGGUCCAUCCAGAACCGCGGAGGUGCUUCUCUGGGUCUUCUCUCUGCCUGCCAGGAUCCUGUGCUCUCUGGGUGUUCCAGCCCCCUGAGAUUCACACCCAGGAGGGCACCGCUGCCUUCUUGCCCUGCUCCUUCAAUGCCAGCCGAGGGAAAUUGGCCAUUGGCUCUGUCAUGUGGUACCGGGACAAGGUGGCCCCAGAGAAGGAAGUGAGGAAUGGGACCCCGGAGUUCAGGGGCCGCCUGGCCCCUCUUCCCCCUUCUCGUUUCCUCUGUGACCAUCAGGCCGAGCUGCACAUCUGGGACACCCAAGACUGUGACGCUGGAGUCUACGUGUGCAGGGUGGAGGUGCUGGGCCUAGGUGUCGGGACAGGGAAUGGGACUCUGCUGGUGGUAGAGAAAGGACGUCCUCGGCUAGGGGCCAGCACCGUCCUCCUCCUUCGGGCUGGAUUCUAUGCCUUCAGCUUUAUCUGUGUGGCCAUGGGCAGCACCGUCUAUUACCAAGGCAAAUGUAAGGAAGGGGGCCAAGGCAGUGGUGGAGAGAGAGCUGGAGGAGGGGGAGACAAAGAAGAGCAGGAGAAGGGGUGCGGCACCGAGCAACUCCUGUCGUUUCUCCUGCAGGCCACCGUCACCUGAGAACACGCUGCCACUUCUUAGAUGCCUCUGAUGAGUGAUUCCAAACCCCAGGCAUCCAAUUCUCUUCAAGAGACCCCAAUAAAUUCUCCUCUGCCCUGCCACUAA